UUGAGGCUUAAUGUGGAAUCCGAAGCACACAAGAUUUACGCCUUUAUUGCAAACGAUGUUUCGGGGUUAACUCAAGGUAACUAAAUGUGAUAUGGACUCUUUCUAUGUCUCGAUUAAAUGACACAAUUCCAGCAGACAGGCGCGUACUACAGAGGAAAAUGUGUAAGUGUUGAGAAAACGCCAUGUCUGGCAGCCUGGCCGGACAGAACAGCCUCUCCCCAUAACAUACAGCCAUCUAUCCGCCCGUUCUGCAUGGCUGAUUGUCCGGUAGAGGACCUCUGGGCUGGGCUCAGCGCAAAGCACUGAAAGGGCGCAUCCUGGAUGAGAGGCCAGCCCAACACACCCUCGUAUGGAAGAGCAAAUGCUAAGACCAAUUUAGAGACGCGGUAAUAAUGGUUUUAUUUUUAUGUGCAUUGGCAAUUACGUAUGAAUAAGAAAUAUGUCAUACCGAAAGAAAACCCAUUUGCAAUUAAGCCACAAUUCGUUCAUUCACUAGCUGAUAUACGGGGCUUUCUGAACUUGAUAAUGAAUUGCAUUAAAAUUUGAGCAUAUUUUUAAGAUCCAUUUUAAGGAUUUCCAAUACGUUAUUUUCAACGUAUAAUAAUUGUUUGCAAUUAAUGUAAACACGUAUACGGCCGAUAAAAACUAAUCUAUACAGUAAACCUAUGCCUUAAUCUGACCGCACAUUAUAGUGCAGAUUGACCAUAUAUAUAGGAGCGAUAUCCCCUUUUUUAUAAGGGGGACAGCCUUCAUGCGUCACGGGUCAAUGGAAAUACAGAGGAGCUUUUCAUCACCGAUACGGCACCAGCUCUGAUGUUACUCCAGAUGCUGGAUGAAGAAGUGGAGGACGGAUCAUCCCCACACUACUCAUACCAUGUCCAGGAUGGACUCCGGCUACAGGAACCGCUCGCCGCAUCCGCAUGAACUGAACAUCAGCGCCGAUCAGUCACUGGAUGAAGAUGAGCAACUUUUAAAGUACAUCUGGCGGGAGUACCUGCACCCUAAGCAGUAUGAAUGGGCUUUGAUAGUCGGUUACAUAAUCGUCUUCUUCGUCUCCUUAACUGGAAAUACGCUUGUCUGUAUCGCGGUGUGGAAGAACCGUCACAUGCGGACCGUCACCAACUAUUUCAUCGUGAACCUGGCCUUUGCUGAUAUCCUGGUAACCAUCACCUGCCUUCCUGCGAGCCUCGUGGUGGACAUCACGGAGACCUGGUUCUUCGGGGAGACCCUGUGCAAGGUGCUGCCUUACUUACAGACCAUCUCGGUGUGUGUCUCUGUGCUGACGCUCAGCUUCGUCGCCCAGGACCGCUGGUAUGCCAUCUGCCACCCUCUGAUGUUCAAGAGCACACCGCGACGAGCCCGCAAGAGCAUCGCACUCAUCUGGAUUCUGUCCUGCAUCAUCAUGGUCCCACAAGCCGUAGUCAUGGAGACCACCAGCCUGCUGCCCGAGCUGUCCAACAAGACCAGCCUCUUCACCGUGUGUGAUGAGCACUGGGGAGAUGAGAUCUACGCCAAAAUGUACCACACCUGCUUCUUCAUUGUGAUUUACUUUGCUCCUUUGUGUCUGAUGGUGUUGGCCUACAUCCAGAUAUUCCACAAGCUUUGGUACCAUCAGAUCCCUGGGUCAUCGUCCAUCUUGCAGAGGAAGUGGCAGUCCCUGCAGUGCUCGGCCCAGGCGGGAGGUGCCGCUGAGCUCUUCAAGGUGCGCAGCAGCACAGUAUCUGCUGAAAUCAAGCAGAUUCACUGCAGGAGGAAGACGGCCCGCAUGCUGAUGGUGGUCUUGCUGGUUUUUGCCCUCUGCUACCUCCCCAUCAGUGUGCUCAACGUUAUGAAAAGAGUCUUUGGAGCAUUUAAGAACACAAACAGCAGAGAGACAGUCUACGCCUGCUUCACCUUCUCACACUGGCUGAUUUAUGCCAACAGUGCGGCCAACCCGAUUAUUUAUAACUUUCUCAGCGGGAAGUUUCGGGGGGAGUUCAAGGCAGCGUUCUCCUGCCAUUAUCUCGGGAAGGAGUGCAGCAGAGACAGCCGGGGGAGGGCGAAGCCGAAGACGGACAGCCGAAAGUCCCUGUCCACACAGAUCAGCCACUUAGACAGCGUUUCCCGGAUAUCUGACCAGAUGCUGUAGUCCCAUCUGACUCCAGCACCUGGAAGAGCCUUUAACAGCAUGGGCAGAAGAAUGAAUAGAUUGGAGCCACUGUGGAACACUGCGGAACAGACCUUAGAAGAGUCCAAACUGUGUAAUGAACAUCCACAGCAUGCUGAACUGUUGAAUUCAGCAACCUGGAUCCCACAGUUUAUCGAAGAAACACUGAUAAUCAACUCUGGGUGUCUACUAACAUCAAAAAGAAAUCAAACAGGAACCAAACCGAAAGGAAAAUCCUCCGACCACGGGAGCAGUGUGACCAGGCACCAAAGUCCUGCCCACUGUCACCGACUGACGGUUUGUCCUUUCCCCAGUGUUAUAAGCGUUGCGUGUCGAGGGACAGCACGUGUAACCUUAGUCUGAACAAAGAGAAAACGCCUCUUAUCUGACCUGUAACACCCUUAAAUCUACUCCAGUGUCAUGCUUUUGUGUAGUGUCAUAUCACAGUGUUACUGCAGCAUGUGUCACGGCAGUGGUUCUCAUCCAGGUCGUGCAGCCGUUUUCACUGGAAAAUGGAUUGUGGUUAAAUUAUUUAGACGAUGACUUUUUCUUUGUUUUCCUGCCAGCAUCAUCAGUGAAACAAACAAACAAAUAUAUAUAAACAAAAAACUUGGGAUUAUAACAUAAUGAUUGAGGCUAAUCCCUGUGUUGCAGGCUUUAUACAAUACUGACACUGUCCAUUUACUACUGGAUUUUAUGUGCUAACCUUGUUUCUGCAUAUACCAGUUAUGCCAUGAAAGUGCACAUGAAAACAUUUAAUAACUUGUAAAACUGUACGUGUUUAACGUUUGGUAUAUAUGUAUGAUUCUAUGGUGUACACUGCCCUUUUUGUACUAUUAUUGAAGUAAAAAGAUAAAGCUCAUAACCAAUAAUACCUGUUCAAUAAUUUCCCACUUUCUCUACCCAGUGAUGUUCCUACAGUAUGUUUGAAAUUACAUUUCAUUUUAAUUGACUUAAUGUGGACACUAUA